AUGUCGACUCCGCCAGGUCCUCGCCAGUGGCCUCUCACUGGAAAUAGCACUGCGAAGGUUGGUCCGACAAUCAAGAACUCUUUCAAGAAGAAGUCCGCGGGUCCAGGCGCAGGAUCCAGCAAGGGCGGGCGUGACCUCUACGCCGUAAGGUAUAAUUUCUGGCCGCAGGGUUUAGAUACGCAGAAAUCUGGCUCGUUCGAUAUAUCAGCCUGCAAGGACGAUCACGGAAGCAUCUCCAAGGUCGUCCUUGAGCGUCCUCUCGCAAACAAGGAUGAUGUUAGUGUAUUUGAGGGGGUCGAGAAACCGAUGCAGACCGAAUAUGACUGCGUCCUGAUCUGGGACGAAUUACUGCAGACGCUUGUACUUGAGAAAGUAGAGUCGCAAAUCAAUCUCACUCAUAUGGGCCAGCGACCGCCGACGAGACGCUUGCCUUCCAAUUCCCCUGCUGCAACACCUGAGGCACCAGGCUCAACCUCUGCCGCUGCAUCGCCUAUCAAGCAGGAAGCUGAGGACAGUGAAGAGGAAGUGCCAAUAGUCAAAGCUACCCAGCCUACGAAACGUCCCAUGCCGUUUCACCCGAAGCCGAAGCCGAAGCUUAGUGCUGCACCACUCCAGACGCCUGUCUCGGCAUCAUCCUCCGUCCCUUCGCCAGUAUCAACCAAACCCAAAGCUCGCCCGCUUAAGCGUGCGAAUCCUCCACCCGCAUCUCCGAAGCGGCCUCCAACACCGCCGAAGCCCUUUGGACUACAGCUCCCUACUUCUGGUUCCCGAGAUCUUGCCCUUCCAUUCGCUCCCGCGCGUACUGCUAGCGCAAAUCCUGAGCCGGUAUCCGCACCGCCUGUGAUUCAAUUACAGGCCACGGAGCCUGACGAAGAGGAGGAGGAUGAUAUGGAAGAAGUCGAGCCUGAGGCGUUGCCUUAUUCACCAGCGGCAAACGAUGUACCCGCACCAACGCCAGACCCCCUUGUAGGUCAGCCGCGCGGAUUUUCCGAGACCUUUGUCAUGGAAGAGGUGGAGGGUGAUGGUGACGAUGAUAUGGAAGAGGUUGGCGUUGAGACAUUAACGGGAACAGUUGGAGGUGACGAUGUGAUGGAAGAGACUGGAGGAGACGACGAUGAAGGGUUUGACUUCCUCGCCGCUGAUCUUGGCGGUGACGGUGAGGACGACGAUGAUGACGACGAUGAUAUGGAACCUGUCGGGCUCGACUCAGCUCCCGCCGCACCUUUGCCUGGCGAUGGCCCGAUAAGCUUGAAUGCUUAUGCAGGAGGCGGAGGAAUGGAGGAAGACGAUUACUCGAGCUCAGACGAAAGUGACUAG